UGGGACAUUGAUGGGGACACUGAUGGGACAGUGCCGGGCUGGUGGCACAGAAGGGCUGCGUGGCACACACAGGAUGGUGGGGAUGCCCUGCUCCUUGUGUGCCUCCAAGUUGCCCUUCUCCCCUCAACCCCCGCUUUCCCCAGCCCAGCCCAGAAGCUCAUCUUCAACAGAGUGAACGGCAAACGGCCGCAGGUGCUGCUGCCACACACCUCUGUGCCCGAGGAGAGCUACACGGCUGCACACGAGGAGAACGUCCGCUUCGUUUACGAAGCCUGGCAGGAGGUGGAGCAGCAGCUGGACGGGGGGCAGAGGGGGGAGAGCGCCCGUGGGCCUGUGCAGUACGUAGAGAAAACCCCGAACCCCCGGCUGAAAAACUUUGUUCCCAUUGACCUGGAGGACUGGUGGGCGCAGCAAUUUCUGGCCAAAAUUGGAAACUGCUCGUAAAAGGGAAGACGGUCUUUUUUCACUGUUACUUUUUUUUGCUUCUUUUCCUUUUCUAAAAAACAAA